UUUAAGCAGGGCGAUUACUGUUUCUGCCGACGACGCAGACACCGCUGAAAAACUACAACUCCGCCAUUUGUGGACGGAGCCGACAGUGCUUGCAUCAGCUCGUGUGUGGAGUGUAGUGGACUGUACUCGCCGGCAAGUCACCACCAACCAGCCCCCUUGGCUCGUGUCAAAGUUGAACAGACACCGGUGUCACCAAAGCGGAACAGCUACAGAACGGCCCAAAUGAAGCUGUUCGUGAGUGAGGGCAACCCGCACUGCCUGAAGGUGUUGGCUGCGUUGGAAGUGACCGGGGCUCCGUGCGACGUCCAGUAUGUGAACCACGACGAGACAGUGGUGCCCUUUCUUAGCCGUCCAACUUUGCCAGCCCUCCUCCUGCCCAGUGGACUUCAUCUUUUCAGCCCCAAUGCCAUCUGCCAAUACCUAUUUGAAGUAAAAGGACAAGAAUCCAGUGACCUUUGCAGCCAGUGGCUUGAAUGGGAGGCCACAGAUCUCCAGCCUGCGCUGCUACAGGCUCUUCACAUGGCAGUGCUGCAAGGAAAAGCUUCAAAUCUGCCAAAGUUCCUCCAGGGGCCCCUAAACUACUUGGACCAAGGCUUGAGCAAGAGAGACACGACAUAUUUAACCGGGGAGGCCGUUUCUCUUGCGGAUGUUGUUUUGUGGGCUGCGCUGUACCCUGUUUUAUCUGAACCUUCACUAGCACUGGGUGAAGGAAAGUCAGUGAAGGCCUGGUUUGGCCGCGUGGCUGCUACGCACGGCUUCCAGUCUGCUGCUCAGAAAGUGCUGCAGGGAAAAGGCCUGCAGGGCAUGAAGAGCUACAUGCAGAGGCAACCUUCCCGUCAGAGCAGCCAGUGCAGAGACACACAGCCAUGCAACAGCUGCCCUGCUGAGUGUGAAGAGGGAGAACGUGUGGUUUCAGAAGAGGAGAUGCAGGCUGCUGCUCUCACCUGGAGCAAAGGUUUGAAUACCUGCCCAGUGAUUACAGACAGACAACACCCCAUUUUGCCACAGGAGGGCAAGAGAAACAUCCUGCUGACUAGUGCCUUGCCUUACGUCAACAAUGUCCCCCACCUGGGUAACAUCAUUGGCUGUGUCCUCAGCGCUGACGUCUUCUCCAGGUAUGGCCGCCUGCGAGGCUGGAACUUGCUGUUUGUGUGUGGCACAGAUGAGUACGGCACAGCUACGGAGAACAAGGCCAGAGAGGAGGGCCUGACACCGCAGCAGAUCUGCGACAAGUAUCAUGCUGUUCACGCCUGCAUUUACGAGUGGUUCCAGAUUGACUUUGACUUUUUCGGCAGAACCACCACUGAGAAGCAGACAGAAAUUGCCCAGAAUAUAUUCUGGCGACUCCACAAGCAUGGAUUCCUGGUGGAAGACACGGUGGAACAACUGCGUUGUGAGAGCUGUCAGCGUUUCCUGGCUGACCGAUUCGUAGAAGGCACCUGUCCUCACUGCAGCUAUCCAGAGGCUCGUGGUGAUCAGUGUGACAAGUGCGGGCGGCUCAUAAAUGCCGUGGAGCUCAGGGAACCCCAAUGUAAAGUCUGCAGGCAGACUCCAGUCGUCCGCUCCUCCAAACAUCUUUUCCUGGACCUGCCAAAGCUAGAGCCUCAGUUGGAGCAGUGGCUGGACAGGUCGACAAGCACAGGAGACUGGACGGCAAAUGCCAAACAGAUCACUCGCUCCUGGCUGAGAGACGGACUCAAACCUCGCUGCAUCACCAGGGACCUGAAGUGGGGAACUCCAGUGCCUCACCCUGACUUUAAAGAAAAGGUGUUCUACGUGUGGUUUGAUGCCCCGAUCGGUUAUUUGUCCAUUACCGCCAACUACACCGACCAAUGGGAAAAGUGGUGGAAGAAUCCUAGUCAGGUGGAGCUGUACAACUUCAUGGCCAAAGACAACGUGCCAUUCCACAGUGUAGUUUUCCCCUGCUCCCUACUGGGAGCUCAAGACAACUACACUCUGGUCAGCCACCUCGUUGCCACUGAAUAUCUGAAUUACGAGGACACUAAGUUCUCGAAGAGCCGCGGUGUUGGGGUGUUUGGAGACAUGGCAAAGGACACGGGCAUCCCGUCGGAUGUGUGGCGAUUCUACCUGCUGUAUGUGCGUCCAGAGGGACAGGAUUCCGCCUUUUCCUGGGCCGACAUGGCUACGAAGAACAACUCUGAGCUGCUCAACAACUUGGGCAAUUUCAUCAACAGAGCUGGCAUGUUUGUCACUAAGUUCUUUGAGGGCUGUGUGCCUCCGAUGGAGCUGCAGCAGGAAGAUAAGAAGCUCCUAGCCCUGGUGAGCUGGGAGCUGCAGCAGUACAUCCAGCUCAUGGACAAAGUCAAAAUCCGUGAUGCCCUUAAACACAUCCUGAACAUAUCUCGCCAUGGCAACCAGUACAUUCAAGUCAACGAACCCUGGAAGAAGAUCAAGGGAGGAGACGCAGAAAGGCAGCGUGCGGGAACAGUUACUGGUGUCUCGGUGAAUAUCGCCUGCCUGCUGUCAGGGAUGCUGUUGCCUUACAUGCCAACGGUCAGCCAAACCAUCAGGGACCAACUCAACGCCCCUCAGUCUUGCCACAACGCCAUGUUUGAGGGCACUGGCACCUUUGUUUGCACCCUGAGAGCGGGCCACCGCAUCGGCACUGUCAGUCCGUUGUUCCAGAAACUGGAGGUGGACCAGAUCGAGGCUUUGAAGAAGAGAUUUGGUGGACAGCAGCCCGAAGAUGAACCGCCUAAAAAAAAGAUGACAGCUCAGAGCGCUGCCAGCACUCCGCCUGCCGCCGUGCCAGCUCCUGCUGCUCCUGCCGAUGAGGUGGCGAUGGUGAACGCAGUGGACCCAGAAAAAGCCAAGCAGCUCACUCAGGCAGUGACUGAGCAGGGGGAGAAGGUGCGAGCGCUCAAAGCCCAGAAAGCAGAGAAGGCUGUGGUCACAGCAGAAGUGGCCAAACUGUUGGACCUUAAGAAACAACUGGCUGCGGCUGAGGGGAAGAACACUGAGCCUGCACCUCAGAAGAACAAGAAGAAGUGAGACGGAAACAAAGGGAAAACAAAAUGAUGGAGGUAGAAUGGUGGAGAAUGGAACAAGAUGUACACCAAGAGAGAGAUGAGGGUAUUAGCUCACGGCAAAGCCAUGACAGGAUCUAAGACAAUGUGGUAUUGGCACUGAGGACUAACGAAAUGCUCGGUAGGCCGACGGGGAAAUGAAAACACACAAAGAGAGUAAAAUGAAUGCAGCAACAGAAUGGAAGGAUUUGGAAAAAUCCCUACACCAAAAGAAACUGAUUUUAUACUCUGCCUGUUAUAAACUCAGCAUACGAUAUUAGCAUUGGAAGGUGUGUUGCGCAUUUAAAGAUGUCUUUUUAUAUCCUCUGGAAAAAAAAAUUUUUUUGCCAUUUUUCCCAAUACCCUUUUUGGAUCCAGACAAAUAAAUUAAAAUUCUAAUUUUAAAAAA